ACAUAAUUGUGUAAAACGAAGGAGGAAGUGUUGAAUAACCAUUCAAAUUUUAUGAUGGUGUCGUUCUUUCUUUACAUUUGAAGAAAAAGGUUAAUCUUGGAUUUAUAACUUUUCGGUUGGGUAAUUUCAAAAACUAGAUGCAGAAUUUUGUUUCUGACGAAUAACAGGUCAUGGAUUUAGAUCUAUAUGUUUAGAAGAAAGCAAUAAGGAUGAAGAAAUCAAAAUUUGUUGCUUACUAUUAUUGCUUGAUACAGUUGGUUGUAACAUAUGAACUUCCGGCUGAUUGUAAUUUCUUAAAUACCGUUCUCACCUGUCAGCGAUCAAUACCAAGUGAAAUUCCAGCUAGAACACAAACUGUUUACAUCAAGGAUUACGAUAACGGCAAUAUAGGACAAGGAAGAUUUUCACAUUCCAGCUGGAGAUCAGUUAAACGGUUUGAUAUUAAUGCCAACAUUGAAAUAUCUCUCUACAUCAAAGAUUUUGUAUUUCUGGGGUUAGAAAACAUGACAACACUUGGAAUCCAUGCCAGGAAGGGAAAUAUUGUAGAUGACAAAGCUUUUGUUGGAGUUGAUCUUGUAGAAAAAUUGGACCUUUCUAAUAUGAUAGCUCUAGAAUCGGAAACGCUUAUAAAACCGUUAUUAUAUGAUGAUGUGUUGCCAAAUCUUCGUGUACUAAUCUUAGAGAAUGUGAAUACGGAAGAAAACAAUUUUAAUUUCAACCUUUCACGAAGUUUCGUGCACAUAAUACAGUCGAAAAAUAUAACAGAAAUUAGUUUAAGAGGUACUAACCUUCUUAUAGAAAAUAAUGCAAAUGCCAUUUCAACUGAGGUGCAUAUUCUAGAUGUUUCGAACGUAAGUUUUUCAUUUACAAAAGGGUUUAAAUGGGACAUUAUGUUUCCACAUUUGAAAACAUUGAAUAUUUCUAGUCCCAUUACCAGAUAUUUUUCAAACAUGCGUUAUGCCAACACAGUUAAUAGUGUAAGCUGUGACUAUGAAAGCCUACCGUUAAUAACACUGGAGAAACUUUACGCAAACUUCUAUUACCGUGAUAAAGAGGUUUAUGUCAACAAUGUUACUAUUGACAUGUCUGCACCGUGCUUUCAAGUGAUGAAGUUUGAAGUUAUACACCUUCGAGGAAACAAGUUACCUUUCCUGAAUGCAACAGUUCAUCUUCCUGCAAACUUCUCCUUAUAUGAACUUGAUUUAUCCUUGAAUAGCAUGACAUUUUUAUCUGCAACUGUUUUGAAAGACAUGGUCAACCUCAACAAUUUGUAUCUUGGUGGAAAUUUAUUGUACAGCAUGACAAGUCAUCCUGAUUUUAAAAUCCUUUUCAAGCCCUUGCAUAGGCUUAAAAGAUUAUCUCUUGCCUACAAUCAGAUAACAUAUAUUCCUGUACAGACAUUUCUUCAUAAUUUAAAUCUAGAAUGGCUUGAUUUGCAAGGAAACUAUUUGAUGUCUACAUCAUUUUUGCAUUUACAAAUGUCAAAUUUGAACUUUCUCAAUAUAUCUUACAAUAGAAUCGCAUACCUCACUGGUGAUGAUUUAAUGAAACUAAAGAUAAUAGCAACCGGAAACGGAAGUAAACUGCCAGAAGUUAUGAUGAAUGACAAUCCCUUUGAAUGCUCAUGUGAAACUGUUGACUUUAUAGAAAUGAUUCGUACAACAAUUUUGAAUAACACCCGGCAAUAUAUAUGCAAUUUCGAAAAAGAAACGACACCAAUCAAUGACAAGAGCGUAGCAAAAGCGAAAUUUCUAUGUAUCAGAGCAAUUGUUUAUACCAUUUCUUCAGUUAUAUCUGUGUUGGUAGUUCUGUCAUUAUUCAUAAUGUUCUUUUUAACUUUGCGUUACUUUCGUAAAAAGCGACAAGUAACCAAAUUACAAACUUUCCUUCGAAAGUUCAACAAAAAUCAGCUACGCGAAAAUUUCCUCUGCUUAAUGUCGUAUAGUGACAGCGAUGCGAAUGUUUCAAAUCAAUUAUUUAUACGUUUAGAGGCCUUAUUAAAGGAUAUUGCCAAGUACGAAGGUGAAGCUAUAUGUGUUGAUUUUAAACAUUUUCGAGCAGGUAAAUCUAUUGUUGAAGAAAUUAUGAGAUGUAUGUCUGAAUCACUUGUUGCAGUAUUUGUAGUGUCUGAGGCCUUUUGUCGAAGUGACUGGUGUUGUUUAGAAGUCAAAGAAGCAUACGAACAACAAAAACCAAUUAUUCUUAUCUUCGUUGAAGAGGUAUCAGAAGAAAGUAUGACGAUUUAUAUCAGAAACAUAUUUCACCGUUAUAGUCGGGGUAAGCUUGUUGCGACAGAAAACGGUGAAAUAGACUUCAAGCCUGGUGGCCUUAAAGGACUUUGCAAUUCAAUUAUCUUGUUAGGCAGUGAAGUCGAGCAGCCAACGGAUGAGACUCAAGUAUAAAGUAAAAAAAGGAAUAAAAGCUGUGGAACAGAAACAAACAGACAUUAUUGAAAACUUUGAUAUUCUGAAGAUGCACGAACGAAGGGACAGUAAAGAACCAUAAUUAUAGAAUUUAUAAAUCGCGACAUUUAAAGCUUGCUCCUUAAGACGUUUUUCAAAAUAUCAGUAUUUUUCUCUACAAGUUGUAUUUAUAUAUAGAGAGAUAAACAUGUGUUUGGGGUUUAUUGUAUAUGCAUUUGUAAGGUAUGCUAGGUCCACACACGUACAAAAGAUCACUUACCCAAGUGAGGUAGUCUUUAUGAACUUGGUCAGACAUGCAAAUCAUCCAAAUUUACGACCCUACUGUGAAGUGACUUUAUCUCUUGCUGGAACGUUAAUGUCACGUCGGUAUAGAGAACAAUACAAAAGAUACCUUAUUUUGUGUGAUGACAUCAUUGUCUAUGUGUUGAAUGUUUGCCCAAAGAAGUCAGACAUAAGACAGACCAUGUGGGAUUUUGUCAUAAGUGAUAUGGGAUAACAUUCCUUUAUAGAUUGGAUAAACAAACCUAGAAAUAUUCAGGUUGAUAUUCUUCUCAAUGUUACUUUCAUAAAAUCUCGGUCUUUUUCUUCUAAGACUGCUAUAUCGUAUUUUCAACAACGGAACACUGAGUGGUUACUACAAUGCUGUUCCAUGCAAGCUGACUAUGUAUAUAUGGUGGAUAUUUAAGCGGGACAUGUUGAUAUAUGUAUAUAAUCGUCAUCAACUUGGUUCUUUAUUUCAAUUUAUAUAUCAUUAUUUGUUCUAAGCAUAUAAAUGUUGCAGUCUUGAAAAGGUGAAUUCACCUAUGAGAAUAUCAAAGAUAGAAAGAACUUUCAUCAUGUUUACUUCUCUGUAAAUAACCGAUUUUGUGUUUUGUUUUAUGUACUUAUUACACCGAGUUAACGUUUACGAUGAUGUUAACUUCAUGAUGUCUAUGAUACAUUGAACUGUUUGUUUAUACUAUAUCAAUAUGUAAUUUAUUUGCUCAAUAAGCGUUAGAAUGAUAAAACUUUAUCUAUUAUUAUAACGUACUGACAAGGAAAACACACUUAUUUGAAUAAAUCUGUCUUAACACUGAUCAACGAGUUCAGCAAUUAUAUCGUACAUCGAAGACACAAUAGAACAUAAAUACGCAAUCACCCCAUGUGAUUUUCCGAUUUUCUUCUUGUAUUUGAUUUUCGACAAGGCUUUACAAUAUUGAAAUAACAGUCGUAAUGUAACUGUGUAAGUAAGACAAUUAUUUAUUUAACUACGAAGUUAAAUCCUGUGGCCAAGACACUGGCAACAGUUUGAUGAAAUAGUUCACCUUUGAAAACUUCGUGCUCAUGUGGGCUGAUAAAAAUAAAAUCCUGGUACACGUUUGUACAAAUAUUGUUUGGUAGUUGGAAGGUCUGAGAAAUUAACUUUCUUUCCUUUUAUCAUCUUCUGCAUGGAGAAAGUUAUUCUUUUAAUAAUCUCAUAAUUCUGUGGUAAACCUGCAUGGGUUUUGGCACAGAAAUAUUUUGCUUUUUGUAAAUAUCUGAAUAAAUAGUUUACAUUACCAUGUUCUUUUAUCAUAUAUUAAAGAAUACAUUAAGACGGAGCUUUGCUGAAAAUUUGAACCUUAUUGAGUAAAUAUUGUUCAAGUUAUUCCCAAAAAUAUACAUAAAAAACUCCCGACUUCGAGAAAGUUUAUCAGCAGAAACCAUUAAAUGCUCCUAAAUACAUAUUUUAUAUUUUGCCAUGGUAUUUCCACUUUCAAUAUAUUGUAAAUAUAUGUCUUAAUAUUUAUGUAAAGUUUGAGGACAUGACAUUAUGUAGCUUUAAAGCAAUCUUGAAAAAUCUACUUUGUUUACAUUUUGCUAGUCCAUUUCUUAUGUGACUAGAGCUGGCCAAUGAAAAUUAUUUAUUAAAAAUAUUUAGAGAUAUUGUUCAGGUCUGAAACUUAACUGUCAUGUCAGGGAUAUUAAUUUUUAGUUAUGUGAAAUUUUGUAGAUUUUUUAGCAGCCCUGUUCUGUUGUAAUCCUUUAAAAAUGGCCCUUAGAUGUGAAGACUGAUUUUGGCAGCCAUAUUGGAUAUCUUAGGAGAAUUUGUGUGUCAAUUCUUUGACACUUGAUUUAAGUACUUUUAAAUCAUUAUUUGUAAUUUGAAAUAUACUGAUAAGGUGCAGUUUUUCUUCUAGUUUGUGUUUAUGUAAUUGGUUUUUGAUGACAUUUAUUCUGUUUCUUGCAUUUGGUGAGAAAAGUUUUACAUAUUUGGGAAAAUGUCAUUGACCAAUCAGAUUGCAGCAUUUUUGGUGCUUCUCUAUAAAUAUGGGCUUAUCAGUUAUUUCUUGGCUCUUCUAGUUUACACUUUUGGAUUAAACACUUCACUUUGUUAGGAAAAUAUUGGAAAUUUGGAGCCAAUUUUUGGAACUUUGGACUUAUUUUUAUUGGGGAAUAAUUUAGAAAUUUAGAGUUUAAUUCAUUUGCUUAAGAAAAUUACUGGAAUUAUUACAUGCAUUUUAUUUGGACUUUUCUGAUAAUUUUGACAUAUUCUUAAAGGAACUAAAUUGCAUAAUUGGUGUAUAUAGUAAUUGUAGAAGCUUAUUUGUAGACAUAAUUUAGAUAUUUGUAGUUGUAAAUGUGUGGUUAUGAGAGUACUUUUGAUUUAAUAGAUUUAUAAAACUGGA